AUGAGCUUAAUGCCAAGUGAUGAAGUUGCCUUGUUGAAUGAUGCACGUUAUAAAAAUUUUAUUGCAACAUUAGAAAAAGUAUUGAAACAAUUUGAAUAUUCAACAGAAUGGGCUGAUUUAAUAACAAAUUUAGUCAAAGUUAAAAAGACAAUCGAAAAUUAUCCAAAAUUUCAAUCCAUACCAAAGAGAAUAACAUUGUCAAAACGUUUAGCACAAUGUCUUCAUCCAGCAUUACCAUCUGGUGUUCAUUUAAAAGCUUUAGAAGUUUAUUCUUCGAUAUUUCAAAUGAUUGGAACCCGAAAUUUGCAGCGUGAUAUUAUACUUUACUCAUUUGGGUUAUUUCCAUUGUUGCCGUCAGCUGCCUUACCUGUUAAACCUGUACUUUUAUCAUUAUAUGAAACGUACUUUUUACCAUUAGGUGAAGGUUUAACUCCUGUUUUAACGGGUCUGUUUCUGGCAUUAUUUCCAGCAUUAGAAGAAGGAUCAGAUCAUUUUGACAGAACAAAUCAAUUAUUAGAUAAUAUUUUAUCAAAAAUGGAUAAAUUUUAUUUUUAUGCCUGCAUAUGGUCAGCAAUACAUUUAUUACCAUCAGCACGUUAUCCGGCGAUAACCUACAUGCUGAGUCAUUUUGAUAAACGAAAAAGUAUGGAAGAUCAAUUAUGUCUAAUGGGGUUAUCUGUUGAAACAUUAGUAUCGGCUGUAUGCAUUUGUUUACAAGAUGCCCAACAACCUUUAGUACAACGAUCAAUAUUAGAUUUCCUUCUAAUAUGUUUACCAAUGAAUAAUAAACAAUUGACAAAAAUUGACUUAAUGAAAAUGAUUACUGUAUCAUUAAAUAUUUUAUUAAAACGUGAUAUGUCCUUGAAUCGUCGAAUUUAUUCAUGGUUUCUUGGCUCUGAACAAUUAGCAACACAAGCACAAGAUUCUACUGUUUCAUCAACUACACUACAAACAGCCGACACAUCUACAUCACCCGAAGUGACUUAUUUUGCACAAUAUACACAUGACAAUCUAAUUCAUGCAUUACUAAAUGCUCUUGAAUCAAUAAAUACAACACCAUCAACGUCUGAUACUACAACAUUGGUUCCAAUUGAAUCAAUGUCAAGUUCGUGGACAUUAACAAAAUUAUUACGUGUACUGACCAUAUUAGUUGAUAAACCAGAUGUUGGUCCAAAUAUACUCGAAUAUGUAUUAAUGAAUUAUUUACUAAGUGUCUAUAAUCAAAUAUAUUUGAAAAUAAAAUUUGUUCCAACCAUAAAUAUUCAACAAGAAAAUCAACGAUCCGAAACAUUAAAAACACUAAAUAUGUUAUUGGAUACGUUUGAACCCUAUUUUAUUUGGGAAUUUUUAACGAAAAAUUUUGAUCUUAUUCUCACUCAAACUGAUCAUGAACAAUCACCGCCAUUAAUAUCGACGAUAAAUACAAUAGGUAGUGCCACAGUUGAAUCAUUAUGUGGAGUUAUUCAGAUGUUGCUUGAUAUUGCUUCAUUGGACUCUUCACCGGAUAUUCAAAUUGAUCAUCUACCAGAAAUGUUAUAUCGUAUUAUUAAAAUAAUGAAUACGCACAUUGUAAAAUUUUCUGCUGAACAAAUUACAUUAUGUAUUCAAGUAUUAUUAAAAAUUUUAAAAAAGGUUGUUCCAUCAGAGACUCAUCAUAUGGCUAUAUUUCGUCGUUCAGCUAGUGAAGAAUAUUUACCAAUUCAUACAAUAACUAAUGAUGAUAAUAAUGAUAUUGUUGUAGGAGAUGAUAAAAGUACAAAUUCAUCUGAUGAUGAUGAUGAUAAUGAUGAUGAUGGUGAAAAUGUUACAAAUAAAUUUAUCAAUGAAAAUAAUUAUUCAACAGAUGUUUAUAAUAAACUUGUUAAAACCGAUAGUAUUGGACAAUUACAACAACCUUUUUCUUUAACUAUGGAUCAAUGCUCAGCUGAUGUUGAACGUUUAUUAAGACAUAUGGUUCGUACUGUUGAAAAACAAAUUUAUGUUCCCAAAGAGCCAGUACCUAAUCCAACACCAAAACGGCGUACAUUAACGAGAGCAGGAACAGUAAUUACUAAAAAUGUCUUACAAUCCAUUAGUCAUAUUGAAAAAUCAUUAAACUUGUAUAAAACAUUUUUUCAUCGUUUUAUAACAACAUUUAUUAUUUCAAAUGAGAAUCAAAAAAUUAGUGAAAAAUUUAAAAAAAUUUAUUCUCUAACACAAAGAAAAACAAACGAUAAUAUACGUACACUAUUUAAUCAACACUAUCGACAACAAAAUGAGUUCUUGAUAAAAUUGGACGAUAAUGUUGAAUCAUAUAGAAAAACUUUUGACGAUUGUUGUAAAUUACUCAUAGAUUUAUGUUGUUUUCCAAGACAAUUUUCAAAUGAUACAAAUAUGUCUGCCAAACAAACAUCUGCAACAGAUUUGAUUGAAUUCGAUGAUUGGUGUAUGGAUUUAUGUGUUUUGUCGAUAUGUCCAAGUGAUUACUUUUCUAUUCAAGCAAUAUCUAUCUCUGUUCUCAUCGAAUUAGUCGGUUAUUCAUUGCGUUUAUAUGAAUCAUCAAAUAAAUUAAAAAAAUCAACAUUGAGUAAUCAACGAAAGUUAUCAGAUAUUUCUUUGGAUUUGAAUAAUUUUCCGCCUAUACGAAAAAUAGUGACAAAUUCUGGUACAUUACGUACAAAAAGUCUGAGUGAACAGGUAUCGAUUACUCCAGUGUUUACUCAAGAACAAGUGAAUUUAUUAACAAUUGAUACCCUUUAUUUUCAACAUAUAACAUCGUAUUUAUGGGAACAUUUAAGUGAUCAAUAUCAACAACAGUGUAAUGUAAAAUCAUCUCGUCUAUUAUCAAUGUUACAUUCAAUGUUACCGUCGUGCGAUUGUGAAGAUAUGAUAUGUAAUCAAUUAUCAACUACACAUAUUCAACAAUACGAUAAUGAAUUACAAAUAAUAGAAUCAUACAAACGUUUUUUUAAAUUAUGGAAUUCAACACGUGAUCUAUCGUCACCAUCUACAUUACGUUUAACAAAAACAUUUGAACGGUGUCUAUUAAUCGUUUUAAGUGUACUGAAUGAGUCAAAUAAUCAUUGUCUUAAAUCAAUGGUACAGCAGUGGACAUGUGACUGUUUCAUUCAAGGUGAUAUUAAUAGAAUAUUUGAUAUUUUAUUAAUUAUGUUAUUACAUCCUGAUACUGCUAGAAUAUCGAUACAAAAAUUGAAUCCAAUAAAUCAUCGUGAAUUUUUCCAGAGAAAAACAUCAUUAAUUUCUUCUGAUCAAGUAGAAAUGAACUCGAAUUUUAGAAAGAUGACUGAUCCCGAUGAUGAUGACGACGAUGGUGACAUAAAUGAAAUGACAUUUAAUAUGUCGUCGAACACAUCUGAUGACAAUGUAGAGGGAGAAGGCACGUAUGAUGAUGAAGAUGGAGUACAAAUAGACGACGAAUUACAACAUCAUGAAGGAGAUGAUGAAACAACAGACGAAGAUCCAGAAGCAAAAAUUGGUGCUAUAAGUUGUGAAUCUGGUGAAGUUGUUUAUCAUGUUAAACAACAAUCACAAAAUAUAAAACUUCAGACACCAACACUAACAAAACCUACAACCUUAAGUUUAUCUCAACCAGCACUAACUGACAAUUUAGCAUCUCUCGUGAAUAAUGAUCAAUCAAAAGUUAUAAAAAGAAGAGCACCUACUCUACCAUCAAAUUUACAUAGCAGAAAUAUGAAUGCAAUUGAUAAUGAUAAUACCAACUCAAAGAACAGUGCUAACAGUAGAAUGUUUAGUUCGUUACAUGAAGAUUUAGUCGAUGGUCCUGAUGCAUCUUCAUCCACAAAACCCGAUUUAUCCUAUUUAUUAUCGGUCGAUCUAAAAUCUGUUCGAGAAUUGGGUAAUUUAUCAUCGUAUUCUCGUCGUCCCCAUUCAGCUGGUCCAUCGCCUCAAAAUUUGUCAACAUCUGUCGAUGAUAUCGAUACGGCUCCUAUUACACCGUUCAGUGAAUCUAAUUCUUUGACAUCUACAACCGCUUCCACAGCAGUUAAUCUUAAUCAAAAUAGUGUAAUAAAACAAUCACGAGAUAAUACAUCAAGUUCUUCGGCGAAUGCAUCAACUGCUCAAAGUAAAAAGAUUGAUGCUCAUUUAGCUUAUCUAUUGCUUUAUACUCAACCGUACGAUUAUAACCGUGUCAUUUUUUCAUUGACAUUAAUUGAAAGUUUAAUAGAUCUAAUACCCAAACAAUUAAUACAAACAUUAUCCUAUUCAAAUCAUAUUCAAACAUCGACAAUAAAUAUUCAUAAUAGUCGAAUGUACGAACUGUACAUAAGACAUAGACGAUCAGUAGAAGGUAAAAAUUUCUAUUCACCAAUUGAAAAACAACAACAAAUAAUGCAAUCUUAUUUACAUACAUUAAUUAAUAUUUUAUUAACGUAUUUGAGAAGUUAUUAUCCAACAAGUUUUGAACAAAAACUAAAUAUACACGAUAUGCAAGGAAAUCGAAAAGUUCAUAUACGAACAUUAAAUCUAUUAGCUAGAAUAUGUCAUGAUCUGUCAUUUAUUUGUAUGGAUACACAGUCACCAUCGUUCAUUAAUUAUAUUACUGAUUUAUUAAAUAAAACAGCAUUACAAAAAACGGUUUUACAUCUGUUUUAUACAACGGUAGAAAAAGUUUCAUCAACAUCAUCACACGGUAAGGUUUAG